AUGCGGCCUUUGGACGAAACAGAGAUAACAUCAGUAUUCGAGAAGAUCUUCAAGUUCACGAGUAACAACCUUAAGAACAUAGUCGAGAACCCCUCUCAUGAAGGCCCGGAUGCCAACCCUGGCCGCUACUGCUGCCGCCUUAACAAGAUCAAGGUCUACUAUGUGAGUGAGUCCCUCUUCAAGCGUGCCACCAACAUAGCCCGCUCCAACCUCAUUUCUCUCGGCACCUGCAUUGGCAAGAUCACCCACGGAGGCAAUUUUCACCUCCCUGUUCAGUGUCUCAGUCCAUUGGCCUCCAAUGCCAAACACAAGAACUAGCUUAAACCCACCUCUGAGAUGUCGUUUCUCUACCGGAACUAUGUUCUCAAAGGUGGCUUGGGGAGGAUUAUGGAGAACAUUGCAACCGGAGAUGGGGUCAUCAUGUUCUUUAUGUCCGACGUGCCUUCGGGUUUUGGAAUUGCCACCCAAUCAACCCAGGAUUGUAGGAAGCUGGACACGAAUGGCAUUCUGGUGCUGCACCAGGCAGAUAUUGGAGAGUAUUUGAGGGUGGAAGAUGAGCUCUGA